AUGAAGGGGAUAAGAUAUGAUUUUUAUAUAAGCUUGUGAAAAAGGAGAAUUUGUAAAAAUGGACUAUUAAUAUGACUCCAAAUGCAUUUUAAUAGGGAAUGGGCUUGUAGGCAAAACCGGCAUAAUUUUAAGAUUCAAAAGUCAACAAAUUCGGGUUUCUCAUAUAAAUACAAUAGAAAUCGGCUUAAGAGUCAAAGUUUUUAA